AUGUCAUACGCAUAUCUCUUCAAGUAUAUCAUAAUAGGAGACACAGGAGUAGGAAAGUCAUGUCUCCUUCUUCAGUUCACUGACAAGCGCUUCCAGCCAGUGCAUGACUUGACAAUUGGUGUAGAAUUUGGCGCUCGUAUGAUUACUAUCGAUAGUAAACAAAUUAAACUACAGAUUUGGGAUACGGCUGGUCAGGAAUCGUUCCGUUCAAUAACGCGCUCAUAUUAUCGUGGAGCAGCAGGUGCACUUCUUGUUUAUGACAUAACACGGCGUGAUACAUUUAAUCAUCUGGCUUCUUGGUUAGAAGACGCACGACAGCAUUCAAAUUCUAAUAUGGUUAUUAUGCUCAUUGGGAAUAAAAGUGAUUUGGAAGCGCGACGAGAAGUGAAGAAAGAAGAAGGAGAGGCGUUCGCACGUGAGCAUGGUCUAAUUUUUAUGGAAACAUCUGCAAAAACCGCAGCAAACGUAGAAGAGGCAUUCAUCGACACUGCAAAAGAAAUUUAUCGGAAAAUACAAGAAGGUGUUUUUGAUAUCAAUAAUGAGGCAAAUGGAAUUAAACUUGGACCACAGCAUUCUCCAAGUUCACCCAAUUCUCCUGGUAGUAAUCAGGCACUAGGAGGUUCGAACAGUUGCUGCUGA